AUGUCCAGUCUGGGACAGAAGGCUGAGAGGUACCCACUGUUCUCUGACCCGAAACCCAGUGCAGCCUCCAGGAUCAGCAAACGCUGCCUCUUCAGAGAAAGAGGGGAACACUUGUAUUCAAACAGUAGCCUGACAUCCAUUCGAUGUGGAAACUCUGUGGUGGAAAACAAAGAGCAGUGUGACUGUGGGACCUUCAAGCAGUGUUACAGCAACACAUGCUGCGAAAGUGACUGCCGCUUCACACCUGGGAGCAUCUGUAACGGAGAAACGUGCUGUGCAAACUGCACCCACUCGCCUGCAGGGACACUCUGCAGGCCGAUCCAGAACAUCUGUGACCUUCCGGAGUACUGCACGGGGAAGGACACGAGGUGCCCCAGUGACUUUUAUCUGCAAGAUGGAACCCCGUGCACUGAGGACGGCUACUGCUACCACGGCAAUUGUACCGACCGCAGUAUGCACUGCAAGGAGAUCUUUGGGGAGGGGGCACUGAGCGCGCCAGACAUCUGCUACAGCAUAAAUAAAAAGGGCCACCGAUUUGGACACUGUAAAGUUACUGAUGAAUACCAGCCAAAGCGUUGUGCGGACGCUGACGUUAUGUGUGGACGCCUACAGUGUGUCAACGUCACUCAUCUGCCUCGGUUGCAGGAACAUGUGGGCUUCCAUCACUCAGUCAUAGGGGUCCUUGUGUUUUGGCGUGGGUGCACACCGUGCGACAGAAACAACUGA